GCACACACACACACACACACACACACUACCACCCCUCUUGCAAUGACAGCACACACCAAGACACUUUCUCCAUCCUUCUAUCCAUCAUCUAUCUCCUCUCUCUCCCCCAUGCGCAUGUGUCUGUUUGACUAGCGCUCCUCAGUUAUCAGACUGCACCGAUCUGGGUCGGGAGGAGAGAAGAAGAGAGGAGAGAAAAGGAGAGGAAACGAGAGAAGAGAGUGGAUAAGAGAGAAAGAGGAGAGGAGAAGGGUGGGAGGGCUUUUCUUUUUUUCUUUCUUUCCCUCUAUCCUCAGGACUCCAGCAGGACAGGGGAGUUUCUGUGACUCUGAGCACCAGUGCAGAAGACAUCAGACCCAUUUACUUCUGCUCUUCUUCACCUCUGCUGCCUUCUUUCUUCUGAGGUGAACAUCCUGAGCGCUGGCUGAGGCAAGUGUAUGUGAGUGGUUACUGGUGUUGGACGAGGAUGGCUCUUUCCUGGUGUCUCUGCCUGGCCAUGGCCUUCUUUUAUGCCCCCAGCACCAUCCGUGCCCUGGCACCUGAAAAUGAAGUGACAUUACACCCUACAACAUGGCUGAGUGAAAACAGGGUCACACCAGUACAUCUGCCUAAAGGACGAAGUCGCAGACUGUAUUUCACGCUAAAGAAGAAAGCCGAUUUGCUGUCGGUUACUGUGAGCCCCUGUGCAGUGCCCAUCGAAUGGAGCUUGGCUGUUCGGACCCUGAAGGAUAAACCGCCUAAGAAAGCACACUGGAGCUCGAAGAAGAGCAUGCCAGAGGUUUGGUGGAGAGGCUCUGGAAGAGAGGUUAGGAUUUACACCUACACCGGCAAUGCUGUAGACACCUACACCGGUCCUGCCUACGCACCGGCCUCCAUCUACAUCCUACGGUUGAAAUCAAACGAACAGGACACGCAGGUGUCGACGUACCUCCACGAAGGUCCUAGUCCCUCGGGGGCUUUCCCAGAGCUGCCUUCGGACCCCAGAGUACACACACUGGGGGUGGGCAUGACCAGUGUCACCUUAAACUGGGCUCCGAGUUCAUCUGUAGUUGUUAAAGAUGGUCACCGGCCACAUCACGAAUAUUGCGUCUUAGUCAACCACAAGCACAACUAUCGAAGUCUUUGUGCUGCUCGUGAGGGAAUCCGAAAGGAGAUACAGAGUGUGCAGAAGAGACAGAGGAGAGACAAACAGAGCAAAGAGGUUGUGUGGGCAACUCUUAAAGACUGGUGGUGGCAGCAGCCGGAUGCCCUCGAGAAUCGUGAAUCAUCCAUGACUGACAAGUUUGAGGACCCUGGAUGUGUGUGCAGGGACAUCGAAAGUGUGUGCACAGUUUCAGACCUUCUUCCGGAUACGCAGUACUACUUUGACGUCUUUGUAGUGGACAGGGUUAACGGCACGAGUGCGGCCUACACCGGCACUUUCACCCGGACGCACGAGGAGGCUCGUCCGGCUGUCACCUCUUUAAGGGAAGGCCAGGUCAAAUGGGUCACCCUGAGCGGGGAUACAAGCAGUCUCCAGGGAGAUCAGUUCCGGUUUAAACCUCGUGGGUGGCAACAAAAUGGCCUUCUCACUUUGCACACCUGCAACAGCACUAGUAAAGUGAAGGUCACCGUCUCCAGCAAAGGACGGACUUUGACGUCACAAGAGGUGGGACAUCAGCUUGCCCAAAUAUGGUUGCACGGUGCUCCAUCGUACCUCAUCCAGCUCCAGGCCUUGGCCCUAGGUUCCUCAUCGACGACCCCUAAAGGCGAUUCCAGCAAGUCCAAGUUCUGUCUCAAGAUGCAGGCAUCAUCGGCGUACCACCGGCGAGCCUUGCCGGUGUUUCCCACCACACUACAGAUUAAGUCUUUCAAUAAGUUGCGGACAUGCAACUCCGUCACUCUCGCCUGGAUGGGGACCGAAGAGCGGAGUCUCUAUUGCGUUUAUCGGAGGCAGAUCCCACUCGACAGCAAGCACACCUCGACGGAUCGUUGCAUUGACCCAGAAUCCCGUCCUGCCAAGGAGAGAGUCCUCUGUAAGUAUUUCCAGGAGUUGAAUCCACGUCGGGCGGUCACAACAGCGGUGAUCGGUGAACUGGAACCAGGGAUGCUAUAUGUGUUUGACGUUUAUCUAAUGAGACGUUGGGGACUUCCAAUUAAGUACCACAGCAAGACUAUUAGAACCAGAAGUGAAUGUUGAGAGGACAUCUCAGAAUCUUGCUUUCAGUGGAGAAGGACUCAAUGGAGAGACAUUACACCACAGGGAAGCCAUUGUAAGACCAGAGAGGGAACUAUGGGGUGGGGGGGUGGCCUUGAUCUGGUGCAGUGGAGGUCAAACGUGACCAAUGAAAGACAUAAACACACAUAAUUAUGCCAACACAAAGACACAAAAAAACCGAGAGGUGAGACCAAGCUCACACCAGCAAAAACAAAUUUACUUUACGAUGCUCCCGUAUUAAUGUUUGUGUUGUUGUUGUUGUGCGUGAUGCUGCCGUCUCUGUUGUUAAUUAUACAGUAUUGAGUGUCUGUAUAACAGAAACUCUCUCGUCUCUUACACAAAAGAGGACCGUGCCAAAAUAUGCAAGAGAAACAGCCUGAAGGCUUUGAGCACCAGUGCUAACCAGAGCUGUAUCAGAUCUCUCAAUCUGCCACCAGUAUCAGAAAGACACCAAGCGAGGGAGAGGCGAGAGAGCGAAAGAGAGCCGUGUGAAGUCAGUGUGUUGAUUAUGCUCUGCUAAAGCAUGCAGCAGGGAAAAAACGAGUUAGCAGUUCGCUUCGUUGUCUGUGAUGUGAUUGUUGUGCUGCGCUUCUGCGCACUAAUAAAAACACAGUUACCAACCAGACAUGAAAA